AUGCCAGCCCCAGAGACCAUCCCCCUGGGAGAGUGCACCCUGUCCCAGUCCCAGGAGCAGCUGUCUCCUCCACUGUCCCGCACAGAGAGCACCGUCUUCAGCCUGUCCCGCGGAGACUCCCUCUGGAACACCUCCCAGGACUCCUCCUCCUGCCCCGCCCCCCCCAAUGCCAACUGCUCGGACGUCUUCUGGCUGCCCAUCCACCUCAUGACCACCGGGGGCAGCUUCCUCCUCUGUGGCGUGGUCAUCAGCGGCCUGUACUUCGCGGGACACUGCAGGAAGGUGACCAACAUCCUGGGGCCCGCUCUGCUCUCCAUCGGCCUCAUGGUGUUUGUGGUCGGGGUCGUUCUGAUCCCCAUCACCAAAGAGAACCGCAAACAGAGCCUGAAGAAGCCGGCCUCGUACUACCGCCCUCCGGCCUUCAGCGUGUGA